UGCCUUAGAAAACUUAACGAGAACCAGAUGUGGUGGCCACUGCCGAACUUUCUCAGAGCCGGUGAUUGGUCCCCAGCCUAGGGCCUCAGCCAAUUAGCGUGCUGGGUGGGCCUGGAGUCCCGCCCCGCCCAGUCGCCCGCGUAGAUCCAGGUUCGAGGCUGGCGCGGCGCGGAGAGUGGGCUGGAGGCCGGGGCGGGACGCGCUGUGUAGCGGGGAAGCGCACGGCCGAGCGAGCAUGGAGGGAGACCGGGUGGCCGGGCGGCCGGUGCUGUCGCCGUUACCAGUGCUGCUGCUGCUGCCGUUGCUGCUGUCGCGGGCCGCGGCGCUGCACCCAGACGAGCUCUUCCCAUACGGGGAGUCGUGGGGAGACCAGCUUCUGCAGGAAGGCGACGACGAAAGCUCAGCCGUGGUGAAGCUGGCGAACCCCCUGCACUUCUACGAAGCCCGAUUCAGCAAUCUCUACGUGGGCACCAAUGGCAUCAUCUCCACUCAGGACUUCCCCAGGGAAACGCAGUAUGUGGACUAUGAUUUCCCCACCGACUUCCCGGCCAUCGCCCCUUUCCUGGCCGACAUCGACACGAGCCACGGCAGGGGCCGAGUCCUGUACCGAGAGGACACCUCCCCGGCAGUGCUGGGCCUGGCCGCCCGCUAUGUGCGAGCUGGCUUCCCGCGCUCUGCGCACUUUACCCCCACCCACGCCUUCCUGGCCACCUGGGAGCAGGUGGGCGCUUACGAGGAGGUCAAGCGCGGAGCGUUGCCCUCGGGAGAGCUGAACACUUUCCAGGCAGUGUUGGCAUCUGAUGGGUCUGAUAGCUACGCCCUCUUUCUUUAUCCUGCCAACGGCCUGCAGUUCCUUGGAACCCGCCCCAAAGAGUCUUACAAUGUCCAGCUUCAGCUUCCAGCUCGGGUGGGCUUCUGCCGAGGGGAGGCUGAUGAUCUGAAGUCAGAAGGACCGUAUUUCAGCUUGACUAGCACUGAACAGUCUGUGAAAAAUCUCUAUCAACUAAGCAACCUGGGGAUCCCUGGAGUGUGGGCUUUCCAUAUCGGCAGCACUUCCCUGUUGGACAACGUCAGGCCAGCCGCAGUUGGAGGAGACCUUUCCACUGCCCGCUCUUCUGUUCCCCUGGGACGUUCCUUCAGCCAUGCUACAGCCCUGGAAAGUGACUAUAAUGAGGACAAUUUGGAUUACUAUGAUGUGAAUGAGGAGGAAGCUGAAUACCUUCCGGGUGAACCAGAGGAGGCAUUGAAUGGCCACAGCAGCAUUGAUGUUUCCUUCCAGUCCAAAGUAGAUACAAAGCCUUUAGAGGGUAGGAUCUCCCCUCCAGAUUCUGAUCUGUCCUCCCCCUUGCAUCCAACACCUACUUAUUGGCCAUUCUAUCCUGAAACAGAAUCUGCUACCUUGGACCCUCACACCAAAGAAGGAACAUCUCUGGGAGAGGUAGAGGGCCCAGAUUUAAAAGGCCAAGUUGAGUCCUGGGACGAGAGAGGCACCAGAAGCCCAGCUCCACCUGAGGUAGACAGAGAUUCACUGGCUCCUUCCUGGGAAACUCCACCACCGUACCCUGAAAACAGAAGCAUCCAGCCCUACCCAGAUGGAGGGCCAGUGCCUUCAGAAAUGGAUGUUCCCCCAGCUCAUCCCGAAGAAGAAAUUGUUCUUCGAAAUUACCCCGCUUCAGGUCACACUACACCCCUAAGUCGAGGGACGUAUGAGGUGGGACUGGAAGACAACAUAGGUUCCAACACUGAGGUCUUCACAUAUAAUGCUGCCAACAAGGAAACCUGUGAACACAACCACAGACAAUGCUCCCGGCAUGCCUUCUGCACGGACUAUGCCACUGGCUUCUGCUGCCACUGCCAAUCCAAGUUUUAUGGAAAUGGGAAGCACUGUCUGCCCGAAGGGGCACCUCACCGAGUGAAUGGGAAAGUGAGUGGCCACCUCCGCGUGGGCCAUACACCUGUGCACUUCACGGACGUGGACCUGCAUGCGUAUGUCGUGGGCAAUGACGGCAGAGCCUACACAGCCAUCAGCCACAUCCCACAGCCAGCAGCCCAGGCCCUCCUCCCGCUCACACCAAUUGGAGGCCUGUUUGGCUGGCUCUUUGCUUUAGAAAAACCUGGCUCUGAGAACGGCUUCAGCCUCGCAGGUGCUGCCUUUACCCAUGACAUGGAAGUUACAUUCUACCCAGGAGAGGAGAGGGUUCAUAUCACUCAAACUGCUGAGGGACUUGACCCAGAGAACUAUCUGAGCAUUAAGACCAACAUUCAAGGCCAGGUGCCUUACAUCCCAGCAAAUUUCACAGCCCACAUCUCUCCCUACAAGGAGCUGUACCACUACUCAGACUCCACUGUGACCACUACAAGUUCCAGAGACUACUCUCUGACUUUUGGUGCAAUCAACCAAACAUGGUCCUACCGCAUCCACCAGAACAUCACUUACCAGGUGUGCAGGCACGCCCCCAGACGCCCGGCCUUCCCUACCACCCAGCAGCUGAGUGUGGACCGGGUCUUUGCCUUGUAUAAUGAUGAAGAAAGAGUGCUUAGAUUUGCUGUGACCAAUCAGAUUGGCCCGGUUGAAGCAGAGGAUUCAGACCCCACUCCGGUGAAUCCUUGCUAUGAUGGGAGCCACAUGUGUGACACAACAGCACGGUGCCAUCCGGGGACAGGUGUAGAUUACACCUGUGAGUGCGCCUCUGGGUACCAGGGAGAUGGACGGAACUGUGUGGAUGAAAAUGAAUGUGCAACUGGCUUUCAUCGCUGUGGCCCCAACUCCGUGUGUAUCAACUUGCCUGGAACCUACAGGUGUGAGUGCCGGAGUGGGUAUGAGUUUGCAGAUGACCGGCAUACUUGCAUCUUGAUCACCCCACCUCCCAACCCCUGUGAGGAUGGCAGUCAUACCUGUGCUCCUGCUGGACAGGCCCGGUGUGUUCACCACGGAGGCAGCGCGUUCAGCUGUGCCUGCCUGCCUGGUUAUGCUGGCGACGGGCACCAGUGCACUGAUAUAGACGAAUGCUCAGAAAACAGAUGUCACCCCGCAGCUACCUGCUACAAUACUCCUGGUUCGUUCUCCUGCCGUUGUCAACCCGGAUAUUAUGGGGAUGGAUUUCAGUGCAUACCUGACUCCACCUCAAGCCUGACACCUUGUGAAGAACAGCAGCGCCAUGCCCAGGCCCAGUAUGCCCACCCUGGGGCCCAGUUCCACAUCCCCCAAUGCGACGAACAGGGCAACUUCCUGCCCCUGCAGUGUCACGGCAGCACUGGCUUCUGCUGGUGCGUAGACCCUGAUGGUCAUGAAGUUCCUGGUACCCAGACUCCACCUGGCUCCACACCGCCUCACUGUGGACCACCACCAGAGCCCACCCAGAGGCCCCCGACCAUCUGUGAGCGCUGGAGGGAAAACCUACUGGAGCACUACGGCGGCACCCCCCGGGAUGACCAGUACGUGCCCCAGUGCGAUGACCUGGGCCACUUCACGCCCCUGCAGUGCCAUGGAAAGAGCGACUUCUGCUGGUGUGUGGACAAAGAUGGCAGAGAGGUGCAGGGCACCCGCUCCCAGCCAGGCACCACCCCUGCAUGUAUACCCACCGUCGCUCCACCCAUGGUCCGGCCCACGCCCCGGCCAGAUGUGACCCCUCCAUCUGUGGGCACCUUCCUGCUCUAUACCCAGGGCCAGCAGAUUGGCUACUUGCCCCUCAAUGGCACCAGGCUUCAGAAGGAUGCAGCCAAGACCCUGCUGUCUCUGCAUGGCUCCAUAAUCGUGGGGAUUGAUUACGACUGCCGGGAGAGGAUGGUGUACUGGACAGAUGUCGCUGGACGGACAAUCAGCCGUGCCAGUCUGGAACUGGGAGCAGAGCCUGAGACGAUCGUGAAUUCAGGUCUGAUAAGCCCUGAAGGACUUGCCAUCGACCACAUCCGCAGAACAAUGUACUGGACGGACAGUGUCAUGGAUAAGAUAGAGAGCGCCCUGCUGGAUGGCUCUGAGCGCAAGGUCCUCUUCCACACAGAUCUGGUGAAUCCCCGCGCCAUCGCUGUGGAUCCAAUCCGAGGCAACUUGUACUGGACAGACUGGAAUAGAGAAGCUCCUAAAAUUGAAACAUCAUCAUUAGAUGGAGAAAACAGAAGAAUUCUGAUCAAUACAGACAUUGGAUUGCCCAAUGGCUUAACCUUUGACCCUUUCUCUAAACUGCUCUGCUGGGCAGAUGCAGGAACCAAAAAACUGGAGUGCACACUACCUGAUGGAACUGGACGGCGUGUCAUUCACAACAACCUCAAGUACCCCUUCAGCAUCGUAAGCUAUGCAGAUCACUUCUACCACACAGACUGGAGGAGAGAUGGUGUUGUAUCAGUAAAUAAACAUAGUGGCCAGUUUACUGAUGAGUAUCUCCCAGAACAACGAUCUCACCUCUACGGGAUAACUGCAGUCUACCCCUACUGCCCAACAGGAAGAAAGUAAAUACAGUAAUGUAAAGGAAGACUUGGAGUUUACAAUCAGAACCUGGACCCUGAAGAACAGUGACUGCAAAGGCAAAGUAAAAAAGGAAUUGGCCAUUAGACGUUCCUGAACAUACAAGAUGAACAUUAUUUAGUGCAAAAAGACUUUUGUGAAAAGUUGAUACCUCAAUCUUUACUACUGUAUUUUUAAAAAUGAAGGUUAUUGCAAGUUUAAAAAGGUAAUAGAAUUUUAACUGUUGCUUUAAAGCAACUUCUUGUAAACACUUAUCAUUAAUAUUUAAAAGGUCAAAUUCAUUCAACUAAGAGUUUAAGACUCUAAAUGUGAUUUUUGCUAUGGAUUCCUUCUGGCCAAGAAAUUAAAGCACAUGUGAUCAAUAUAAAAAUACAAUCCUAAACCUUGACAGUUGGAGAAGCCAAUGCAGAACUGAUGGGAAAGGACCAAUUAUUUAUAGUUUCCCAACAAAAGUUCUAAAAUUUUUUUACCUCUGCAUCAGUGCAUUUCUAUUUAUAUCAAAAGGUGCUAAAAUGAUUCAGUUUGCAUUUUCUGAUCCUGUAGUGCCUCUAUAGAAGUACCCACAGAAAGUAUCACAUUUAUAAAUACCAAAGAUGUAACAGUUUUAAAAUUUUCUGGAUUACUCCAAUAAAGUGUUUUAAGUUUUCCUAUGACUUAAGGAUCUAUAUUGUCUCUAGGACAAAGCUGGGGGUUGGCAUAUAUGCCCUUAACCACAAAGGAGAAAGGUGAUUUAUGCAAACAUACAGCACAUAAUAAAAAUUCUACUUUCCUAAACUUUAUUAAAGAAAAAAGCAAUGGUGGUAAAUCUCUAGAACAUACCCAAUUUUCUGGGCUUCCUCCCCCGAGAAUGUGACAUUUUGAUUUCCAAACAUGCCGGAAGUGUAUGGUUCCCAAUUGUACUAAGCAGGUGAGAAGCUAAAGUCCUAAAGUGUUCAUCUUCCAACUUUUCCCAGUCUGUGGUCUGUCUUUGGAUCAGCAAUAAUUGCCUGAACAGCUACUAUGGCUUCAUUGAUUUUUGUCUGUAGCUCUCUGAGCUCUUCUAUGUGCAGCAAUCGCAGAAUUUGAGCAGCUUCAUUAAGAACUGCAUCUGUUUUAUGAGAAAAGAACACUGCUUCAAUACAUAAUUUUUAUAUUUAAGGCCAUUUACUUCCCCCCCCAAGUAUUCAGUCUCUAAAAUAUAGUUUGAAUUUAAAAUCACUUACCUCCUGUAUCAAAACCAAGAAUAUGUUUGUCUAAAGCAACAGGCAAGCCCUUUAAAAAAAAAAAAAAAAGACAAAAUGAGAGUACUUAUGGUUAAGAACAGCAUCCUUUUCUCAUCUGAAACUGAAAACCACCUAGCUAUUCUGGUGUCUUAACUCUCUUAGCUGCAUGGAUAAGGGAACUAAGAAUUUUGUUUAUAUUUGCCUUGUGAUUAGCGAGUUUUCCCUAUUUCAACCGGUUAGGGGAUAAAAGUUAGCUUUAAAUGUACCAGGAAGCUCUACAGCUCAUCCAAUCCUUUAGACCAGGCAUACAAAACAAUAUAUCCUUAUUGCAGCAGUGCCUUGUCAUUACUGCUGUGGAAGGCGAGUUGAGCGGGGCUGUUACUGUCUUAUUUUGGUAACUGUAAGCAACAGUAUAAAGGGCAAAAAUAGUACCUUAUAUUCCAUUUCUGAGCACAUUAAUUUGCCUUUACGAAUUGUACAAACCUAUCUAAAAUAUGUAUUUUUUCAGCCAGCAUGGUGUUUACCAAGAUUUAGGUAUAAUUUAACUUUCAAGAAUUGACUUGAAAGUUACUUUGAAACAGUCUAGGAAAAUGAAAAACUAAACCACUCAGCACCUGUGGACAUACUAAAUAUGGUGACUAUGAUGAUGCCAUUCUGUGGUGCCAAACUUCACAGAAACAAAUCUCUAAAAUGAGGACAGGCAGUCUGUACUUCCUGCUGAUUAUAUAAUAUCAUUGCCAAGAAAAACACACACUACCUAUUCUUUCAAUGUUACAACCUGUUACUAUUCAAAUGCUUUAGCUGCUGCUCAAUUCUUGCCUUAUCUAGUAAUGUAAAUCUACCUAGGCUCUAUCUGCUUUAAAACAGCUAACAGAUUAACUGUGAAGAAACCAAUGGGUAUGAAAGCACAAGUGAACAAAAUUAAACAGCAGAAUUAUACUGAGUGGCUUUAUAUGUUCAUCUAGUACCAGAGGCUCCAUUUUUUUUUCCUUUGUCUGCCAACAGGCCACCAAGCUACCCCUGAAAACUACCAGAUGCCUCAAAUACUAGUUAUAAAUGGUUACAAGUACACUAAACUAUAAGAACUCCACUAAAUUGUUAUAGGUUGGUAUCUUUUGAGAUGACACCAAAAUUAAAAUGUGGAGCAUUAAAAAUAAAACUAAAUUUUACUUUACAAACAAGAGCAAAGAGAUUUGGCUAAGCCUUACGCUGCUUUCCAAAUCAGACAUAGUUUUGUUGAAUGAAUGAAUGAAUGAAUGACUUUAUUACGCCAGAACAAUUUACUGUGUGUUCUAUAAUGUGGUGAAAUAAGCUGAUCUUUAAUCCAACUUCCAGUGGCCCGAUUCACAUAUAACGAGCUAAUAAGAACUUUUAAAAGAAAAUUGUGUCUUUCAGAGAUGCUGCCCUGGCAUUAGUAACCUUUUAACACUGCUGGGCCUGCCUAAAGGGGCUGGAGGACAAAAGACAUUGGGAGAUGGGGGAGGGGUGCAGGGAGGACAAACAACAUAGUUGUGCCCAAGGCAUUCACUACAACUACAGUCAUUGCUGCAGGAGGGAGGUGUUAUCAGAUGCUGCUGCUGACCUGAGGACAGUCUCUCUACCGCUGCACAGCGAAUGAAACUUUAGGCAUAUAGGGAUUUCUGAUAUAAUAUAAAAAUAUUCCAUAUUUUCUCUUGAACGGGAAGGUAGUCAUGGGAUAUAGCUUUCUCAGCCUACAAGGUAGGACUGAAAGAUACCAUUUCAGUCUCCUGUACCUUGAACCUUACACUCCAACAGAACCCCCUGUCCCUUCACUUGGGCAGAUUGACAAGCUCAUGCAGACAUCCACACAUGGACCCUUCUCCCCACCUAUCAUAAGAGCACAGGCUCUCACAUCAGACUGCCUGAGCUCAAUCACUUACCAACUAGGUGACCUUAGCCAAAUUACUUUCUCAUGUUUUAUGCCAGGAAAUUGAAUAAAACAAUUUACUCUGAAGAAAUAAAAGCAAGGAUAGAAUUUAUAUGGAAAAAGAAAAGUAAUUUGUAGUGAGGUGUGUUCCUUCUUCUCCAGCAUGAGUCAAAAUAAUCCAGUAAGUUUCGUAAGGGUAAAUCCUUUUAAUUAAACUUCAACAGGCCACAGACAUAAUUUGUGGACUGUGAAUGAGCUACUUGUAGCUUUUUUAAGUUACAAAGUGAGAGGAACUUCAGUGAAGUUUGAUUUUUCACUCAAAAAGGACCCCCUAGGCACUGAAUACAUUCAAUUUGCUUUAGGAAGCACUGAAGUAAGCUAUCCUUUAAGUUGUUCCAAUGUAGAAUGGAUAUCUUAAACAGAUACAUGCAAAGUUUAAAUCAUGACAAUACCAGAAGAAAUGUUCAUUAACAACUUAUUUAGGAUUUAUAGAAACAUACCUCUUUUGUUUGAUUUGCCUUAGCAACUGCAUCCUGUGUCAGGCGCUCCUGAACCAAAAUUCGAAUUGCCUAGGAAACCCAAAAAUAUUUUUACUUUUUAUAGGCUGUGUGCCUGUCAUCCUUUAUUUCUAUGAGCCCAGAGAAUAAGGAUGCUAAGUUUCAUGAAGUUAGAAUUACCUAAGUUUAUUAAUAAACUCUCCAAUAAAUUAAAAAUUAAAAAAAAAACCCACUAAUAUAAUGUAACCUUUCAUGCUUCUAGUAUUUUAAUAAUGUCGAGUGGUGCCUGCAACAAUUAAAACCAUUUUUUGAAUAGGUAAUUCACGUGCCUGGUAAAAAACAACUUUAAAUACAGCAAGAAACAUGGUAAAAAGUAGGUCUCCUUCCUACCCCUGAGCCUUGCGAUCCCCUACAGAUUCCUUACCCUCACUAAAAGUGUGAAAUGACAAGCAUGCUUAGCACGAAUACACAUUUUUGGCACAAAGGGUAGCAAAUCAUACAUACUGUCUUACACUUUGCUUUCAUCACUUCACUCUAGUAAAAUAUUUUCAUACCUUUCAAAGGACACCAUUGGUGGUUUUCAUCACCAAGGCACUUCAUUAUGGUAGGCAUGCAUGCAAGCAUCCAUACACACUUAAAAAUCAAAUUUUAAAAAAAUGGAAUUUUAAUUAGGGAGAUGACAAUUACAACUCAAAAAUCAGUGUGAAAACUUAAACUAUAAUUUUUAAAUAAAAAACCAAAUGUUAUCUUUGAAAAAGAGAAUUCAAACAAUGUUUAACAGUGAUUGCAGACGUUAUUAAAUAGUUUGAGGCCAGUUAAUAUACUGAUUCUUGUACUUGGCAAAUGUACUAAGAUGUUUUCUAUAUUAUGUUACUGUUUCAGUGCCUCUUAAAAUAACUCAAAAGGGACAAAUGUGCAGCUAGGACUAGAAUUUUAUAGCACUUUAUUGUAGUUGAUUUAUACUUUAUCCCCUUGGGUUUUGAAGUCUAACAAAAGCACCCCAAAUAAGCUAUGCAUUGUCUGACUCUCCUCUCACUUUACGAUUAAAACUGACAUGAUCACUAUAGAACAGUUCCAAGGCAAUUUACAUAAUUGUCAGAAUAAAGAACAAGCCUUUGAAAUAGCUAAAUUUCACUAAAAACAUUUUUGUCUUUUGGCAUGCAAUCUGGAUUGAGAAAAUCCAAGUUAACAUUCAGAUUCAGUAUAGAAAAUUGUAAUAACUUAGGAAUACAAUAGUCUUGUUAAAACUGACAUUUAAUACCUAAAAAUCUAAAAAGCAUGGUAAGUUAUGGCUUAAUCUCUUGGGUAGAGUGAAAUGUAAUUAUUCAACUUAUCACAAAGUAGUUUACAUGCACAAGGUCUAGUUAAAAGCUUUUAAUCUCUUGUAAAAUCAGUAAUAAUUUCUAAAAUAAUUUCCAAGUCUGGUAUCUUAAGUACCACUCCCUUGAUCCACACCACUGUACUUUCACGAUUACUAGGAAUAAAUCUUCUGAAGUUUAUGAUUUCUCUCAGAAACAAGAGACCUCUUUCAGAUUACUGGGAUCCCUGAAGUAUAGUUAUGAACUGAGUGGCCUAUCUAGCACUGGGGACAGAAAGAUUGAUUUCUCAAAGAGAUUUGGGGGUUAUAUAUUUUUGACCAAAUUCACCAUUACUCAUUUGGCAUUUUCUACCAUCUUAACAAAUGUGGACCAUGAAUCAUUAAAAAGACUAAACAGAAGUAGGAUACUGUGGGAAAAACAAUGGAACACAGGGUUACAGUGCUUAAAAUCCUGGCUCUGUCAUUUUUUGUGUCAUCUUAGACAUUGAGUCUCAGUUUCUUCAUAUGAUAUACAUUUUUAAAAAGAUAUUAGCAGCUGUCUCUAGGAUUGCUGGCAGGAUUGGAUGAGAACAUCUUUGCAAAGGAUUUAGCAUAGUGCAGGCAGAAAACAGACAAUCCAAAUCAGAUAAAACCAUGAAAUCUGCUUUAUGUCUCAUAUUCUUCUGUGUAUUUUAGUCAUUCAACCAUAAUUUUAAUAACAAGAAUUAAUAUUUAGAAAACACAUUUUUCUAUGUGCACAGUUUCUGUCAAGAAUCAAGAACAUGAAGCUGACCUUAAGCAUUACCAGGUAAUCAUCAUGACGCUGAAUCUGAAGCAGGUUAGCCAAAGCCAUCACACCAGCCUUAAAAUCAGGAUUAUUUACUAUAAAAGAUUAAAAAUAAACAAAAACUUACAACUCUGCAAACGUAUAAUUAAGAUGUAUUUGUGAACAUACAAAAACAGUUUUAACUUUUUGGUAACAACAAAUCUCUUAGUUUUUAAAACUGCUACUCACAAGAGAAAAAACAAAGCCCUGUAGACUAUCAACAAUUAAAUUGGUAGGAUAAAACGGUUUUCCUAUUACCAUAUGAGACGGUCCCCAACUUAGGAUGGUUAGACUUGUAAUUUUUGACCUUACAAUGAGUUCAGUGGGAUGUAACCCUAGUGCAAGAUGAGGAAAAUCUGAACUUACAGUGGUUCCAGCUACAAUUUUUCAACUUUACAAUGGGUCUUUUGGGGUAUUAAAUGCAUUUUUGACUUACGGUAUUUUCGACUUUACAACAUGAUCUCAUCCUAAGUCAAGAAGUAUCUGUAUUUCAUCAGCCAAACUGAAUAAUCCAAUAAAUGAGUAAUUUAACUCACA